CAUCAGUACAUCAGUCUGCCAAAAUGACGAAAAAAAUUCAAAUCAUUUUGGCUCUAGCCACGAUGCUAACAGCCUACGUCGUAGCAAAUCAGGAGAAGUCAGGGGGCUACGAAAAAAGCGGUUAUGAAAUAGAAGACGGAGAUUAUGAGGACAAAAGCAAUGAGAAAGACGGCAGUAUCAGUGGGGAAACGCGUAGCUGCGAUGAAAGCGUACAUAUCAGAAAAAUCCCUCAAACCUACGAAAACGAGAAUAAUUAUAGAAAAAGAAAUCAUAAGUUUGGAUAUUCAGCCAGCUCAUCCGCCGCCGCAUCUGCUGACGCUUCCGCUAAAGCUCAUGAACAUGGCCACAAGGACAGCAUUCACAUGUAAUUGCGUAAUAUUAUCCUAUCGACAAAUGUCAAUUAUCAUUUG